AUGAAGGGACUCGACCAGAUAGCAAAUAAAAAAGUAAACAUUAUAUCCCAAUAUAUAAUAAAGCCAGAACCACAGACUCUUUUGGAUACCAAAUCAUUAAGUAAUGCAAACAGUGAAGUUACUGAACAUGAGAAAACAAAUUCCUCGCAGUCACCAUCCCAACGGGCUGUCACACCAAUUUCAAGUACAGUUAGAUGUAGAAGGACUCUUUUUAAGGACGUUGAAGGCUUGUGUUCAACACAGAUAACACCAAGAAAGCAAAAGUUGAUGGUUAUUGUGAAGAGGAAGCAGGGUCGCAUAAGAAAAUUACAAAAAGUUUGCAAACAAAAAGGGAAAAGGAUUAAAACUUUAGAAAAUAUAGCAAUGAAUAAUUGUUUCAAAGGCAUGCCAUCUACCAUAUCUAACUUUAUGAUGUCUCAGGUUCGUUGUGCCAAGCGCUCGCCACAUGGAAGACGGUGGACACUGGAUGACAAAAUAACGUCUUUAGCGAUUUAUAAACGAAUCCCAAAAUGCUAUGCUUUAUUAGAACGUCUCUUAGUACUUCCAUCAAGAAGAACACUUUUUUCAUUACUGCAGAGCAUUCCUUUCGAUGUGGGAAUUAAUGAACGCCUUUUCCUUCAUCUGGGGCACUGCCUUCAACGAUUUGAUGAAAAGGAUCGUUUUUGA